GCCAGGACAGGAACAGGGGAGGGAGGUGGCAGGUAGCCUGCUGGGCACUGGGGAGCAGGAAGGCCGCAGGCGGUGAACGGGCAGGCCCAUGACUUCCCUGGGCUCCCAGCUCCUCAGGGCAGCAUUUCUGGCAGCCCUCCUACUGCUGCUGCAAGUGAAAGGGGUGGAGCCUCAAAGAGGGAGCGCAGGCCCCAACGAGAGGAGUGAGAAAGAGAAAGUAUCCUCUGCAGACCAGAAUCAAGAGCAGUACGAAGAGUACUUUGUGGCCUCCUCAGUGGGUGAGAAGUGGCAGAAGGUGGACAUGGCCCAGCAAGAGGACGACAAGACAGUGGAAAGUGCUGCGGUUUGCGAACACCUAUUUGACCUAGCCUUGUGCUUAAAUCUGGCCAGCGCCAUGGUUUUUUUAUGAGGGACAUUGAAGAUGGAAUGGUUUUCUGGGCCCUGGGUGAGGACCUGGAUAGCUACCUCAGUUUCAUGAUAGCGUACUGACCCUCUGUCCCCUUGGGCUCCUGGUUACUAGUCCCCAGGGAGACGUCCAGCUUCCUGCCCUCCUCACCUCCCCCUGCUCUGAACUCCAUCUUCCAGGGCCAGAGACACCAGACCUGUGCCCUCCUCUCUGGGGUACCUCUCCUGGCCUUGUUCAGUACCACAGAUUAGGGGGAGAAGGCAACUACAAUAAAAGCAAUAGCAAUAAAAUUCUGUAAAACAGUCAGGCACAGAUUUGUGA